AUGAGACUAAUUAUUCGCGACGAUGCUGCGGCCACCAGCAACUACGUAGCCAACUACAUUAUUGAUCGCAUCAACGCCUACAAGCCCACACCCCAGAACCCUUUUGUUCUCGGUCUGCCUACGGGCUCCAGCCCUCUGGGCGUCUACAAGGUCCUCGUAGCAAAGUACAAGGCUGGUGAGAUCUCAUUCGAAAAUGUCGUCACCUUCAAUAUGGACGAGUAUGUCGGCAUUCCUCGCGACCACUCCGAGUCGUACCACUCCUUCAUGUGGAAGAACUUCUUCUCCCACGUCAACGUCCACCCCAACAACGUCCACAUUCUCAACGGCAACGCUCCUAGCCUCGAGGCCGAAUGUGUCGCCUACGAGGACGCCAUCAAGCGUGUCGGCGGUAUCGACCUCUUCCUCGCCGGCAUCGGUGAGGACGGCCACAUUGCCUUCAACGAACCCGGCUCCAGCCUCGCCAGUCGCACCCGCGUCAAGACGCUCGCCUACGACACCAUCCUCGCCAACUCACGCUUCUUUGACAAUGACAUUGACAAGGUGCCUCGUAUGGCCCUAACCGUCGGCGUCCAGACCGUCCUCGAGGCCCGCGAGGUCGUCGUCAUCAUCCUCGGCCAGCGCAAGUCGCUCGCCCUCCAGCGAUGCAUCGAGCAGGGCGUGAACCAUAUGUGGACGCUCUCCAGCCUCCAGCUGCACCCGCACCCCAUGAUUGUCGCCGACGAGGACGCUACCCUCGAGCUCCAGGUCAAGACGGUCAGGUACUUCAAGAGCAUCGAAAAGGUCGCCCAAGAGGCCGGCUUCCAGCAGAUUCUCCCCUCCAAGGUCCGCACCGGCAACGGCCCCGUCCCUGAAACGCGCAUCGACACCGUCUCCUCUCCGACCAUCCUCGCGCCCCAGCCCACUACCUCGCAGCUCCUUCGCGCCACGCCCGCCACCGAGUACCCCCUCCGAUCCGUCUCUCCGGAGCUCAUUCCGGACCGUAUGGCCUCCCGCAUCCCGGAGCCGGCGCUCAACCAAAGAUUGACCCCUAAUCCGGACCAGCAGGCUGCCAAGCAGUCCAACGCAGUCAGGGCUUAG